CUUAACGCGAAAUGCCCAUCAUUCAUUGCGACCUUGGCUGCGCCAGCGAUGACUUCGCGAACGACCUCCAACUCGUCGGAAGGGCCGGCGACGCCUGCCUCUUCUGGGGGCGAGUGUCAGGCUGAGCUGGUUUGGCAAGACGUUUCCACGGUUGAGGAAAUCCUCGACCACAUCAUCAGCUCUCGACAAAGUGACACCAGGUCGAUUCUCAGCUUCAAUUGGCAGGCGAGCCAAGUGGACGAUCUUUCUGAGCAGCUGGACGCGCGGCUGAUCGAAGUCGACCAAAUUAAAAUCCGACGAUUCGAAUACGAUUACGAAACUGAGACGGUAUAUCUUGACAUUGUGGGCGAGUCCCCGCUUCAUUAUCAGGUUCAAACCGGUCUUCGCGACUACCUCAAGGCUUCUCUUAUGAAGUUGCUUGUCGCCACCGAGGAUACCACGAUCCGUGACCUGAUACGGUCCACCAAGGAACAAGGCACAGCUUCUAUUAAAUACGAGAACAAACUCUUUAAGCAAGCUGAUGUUUCGUUCGGUCAGAGCGAGAAAUUCCAACAUGCGGAGAGGAAGGCGCGCCAAUACAUCGAUUCGUCGGACGGCAAGAUCCGAGCUGUUCUCAUUCUUGAUCUUCAUUACCCUGACAUGAAGAAGGCAUGGGUAAGCUUGCUGACAGCGGAUGACUCUGCGAGCCACUGGAUCUUGUAUCACGAGCUCUAUCAUGACGAUGACCUCGAUCAACAACCUAUGGGGCAAGUUGAUCUUUAUCUCUCCGACUUUGUCGGUCUUGCUGGUUUACCAGCAGCCUAUUGUCGCCCCUUCACCGCUGAGUUAGCUGCUGGAAUCAAGAGAAACCCGACGAUCAGUCUGACAUACGAGCGACUGAGGGCCAUGUUUCGCAGGGCUCGCUAUCUUCAUAACCCGAAAGAGUUCUCCCAAGAGGCUGGUGACGAGGAGGAAAACCCAUACGAGGAGAUGGAGCGGCGUUUGGCUGAAGCGCGCAUGGAGGUCGAGCGACGUGUGGCUGAAGCGCGCAUCGAGGGGCGCAACGAGGCGCGCAUCGAGAUGGAGCGGCGUUUGGCUGAAGCGCGCAACGAGUGGCGCAUCGAGAUGGAGCGGCGUUUUAGCUGAAGAGCGCAUUAAUAUGGAACGACAUAUUGCCGCUCAGUCUUCGAGCGACGUAUGAUUAUGGAGACUGCGCGUCGUGUGGCUGCAGGUCGCUCUGAAGCCAGGUAGCGGAUCGCGAAGGUCUAGUAAUCCUGUUGAGAGAAUGUAUGGAUGGAUGGAUGGGUUAACUACAUUUCGCCCGGAGGCACUGAGCCUAGAGUGCCUUGGCACGCUAAAAACAUACAAUUCGG